CUCCUUUUGUUAUGGUCGCAAUUGUGUACUGUUCUUCCAUUUCUCAUCUCGCGCCCAAUCCCAAGUGUCCGCCUUUUGGAUUUCUGUCUUCUUUAUUGAUUGCUAGUUGCUGCUACCCUUUUCUCUUUCUGCCUCGCACUCUCUCUCUCUCCUAAACUUCAAACAUUCCCAUUAAAAAAGUAGCGAGGAGAGAGAAAGAACAAGGACAGCGAACAGGGAAGAGAGAGAAAGCGGGGGAAGAAAGUGGCUAUUGCUCUGCACAUCCCUGACCUGACCAAGUCCAUUUCCACGUGCCCCACUACCUUCGCCGGAGAUCAUCCUCCACCAGCGACCACCGUCCACGAUUCGAACCUAGGGUUUCCCGCAUCAGCUGCCUAAAAUUAUCUCCUUCCUUCCUUCCUUCCUUCCUCCACUCACCCCGCCGACCACCUAGCUAAUUUAGGUUUCUUUGAUUGGCGGCAUCACUAGCCAUUUCAUGAUUUUUUCUCUUACCUGAAGUCAAACUUACCGAGAUGGAGCAACAGCAGCAGGUGCGCAGGACUUGGAUAGGUGAGGGAGAGCAGAGCCAGCGCCGCGGAGUUUUCGACAGUUUGUUGCGCGGGGUUGGAGCUGAACAUAUGACCAUCGAUCAAUGCGAGGCGAUUCGGGAAAUGGACGACUCUCAGCUCGUCGGGGUCCCUGUCGUCCUGGCUAAAGCUGACGUGUCUAGGCUGGACGUUGAAGUCAGGAAUGCGGCAGCUGCUACGGAGAUCAGUAAGGUGAAAAGAAGGCGUGGCCGCCCUCCGCGGAAUCAGGGCAAACCAGCGCCGCCUCCUCCGCCCAAGGCCAUGGACGAAGAGGAUGUUUGUUUCAUAUGCUUCGAUGGCGGCAGCUUAGUACUAUGCGAUCGCAGGGGAUGCCCUAAAGCAUACCAUCCAGCUUGUAUCAAGAGGGAUGAAGCAUUUUUCCAAUCAAAGGGGAAGUGGAACUGCGGCUGGCAUAUAUGUAGCAAUUGUGAGAAGACUUCUCAUUAUAUGUGCUACACUUGUACGUACUCUCUCUGCAAAGGAUGCACCAAAGGUGCUGAUUACUUAUGCGUGCGAGGAAAUAAAGGAUUUUGUGGAACGUGUAAGAAAACUAUAAUGCUAAUUGAAAAUGUACCGAUGGAGAAUAGCGAGAAGGUUCAAGUGGAUUUUGACGACAAAUUGAGCUGGGAAUAUCUUUUUAAAGUGUAUUGGGUGUGCCUUAAAGAAAACUUAUUGCUGACUGUAGACGAAAUACUGAAGGCUAAAAAUCCAUGGCAAGUUGAUGAGCUACAUAAAACUAAAAGUGCCUGGAAAGUUCCUGAUGAUGUUAUUGGACCCGUGGGAGAAUCUUCUAGUGAAAUUUAUUAUGGUUCUAAUGAAAAGGCAUCUUCUUCUGGCAACAGCUAUGGGACUCUGGAGACGAACUAUUCCAAGAGGAGAAAAACUGAUGACAAGCCUAAUAUUAUGAAUGAGGAAAAAUCUGUAGGUAUGGUGGACAAGUUGACUGUUGAAAAAGUUGUACCUUUGCCUGUGGGCUCAACAGAAUGGGCGACAAAGGAGCUCUUGGAGUUUGUUGCACAUGUGAAGAAUGGGGAUACUACUUUCUUAUCUCAGUUCGAUGUGGAGGCUCUUUUGUUAGACUACAUCAAACGCAACAAUCUGCGUGAUCCUCGCCGCAAAUGUCAGAUCCUCUGUGAUACAAGGCUUAUAAACCUCUUUGGCAAAACACGUAUUGAUCAUAUAGAGAUGUUGAAGCUUCUUGAAAGCCACUUUCUUGUGAAAGAAAUCCCUCAGCGUGAUGAAUCUCAAGACAACGCUAGCUGUACCAAUCUUUCUGCUGGUAUUAUUGGUAAUUUCCCGGUGGUUAGCAAUGAUAGAAGCCGCAAGACAAGCAAUAGGAUGGAUGAGAAAGAAACCCACACCACCAAUCCCAAUGCAGAUGAAUUUGCAGCAAUUGAUGUUCACAAUAUUAAUCUAUUAUACUUAAAGCGUAGUUUGAUGGAAAAUCUUGUGAAUGAAGCUGACAAGUUCCAUGAGAAAGCGGUUGGGUCAUUUGUCCGUAUUAGGAUUCCCUGUGGUGAUAUGCAUCGACUCGUGCAAGUUGUAGGUACCUGCAAGGCAUCUCAAGCAUAUAAGCUUGGCUCAAGGAAAACUGAUAUUUUGCUUGAAAUAUCAAAUUUAGACAAGAAGGAAUUUGUGUCAAUUGAUGGUAUAUCAGACCAAGAUUUCUCAGAGGAAGAAUGCAGACGCCUAAAGCUCAGUGUAGAAUCUGGUCUCGUAAAGUUUAUGAAGGUGGGUGAGGUCCAGGAGAAAGCAACAGUACUUCAUUCCAUGAAAGUUAGUGAUUGCCUGGAAGCAGAAAUAUCACGCCUUAAUCAUCUUCGGGAUCAAGCUAGUGAAAAAAGACAGCGGAAGAAUCUCAGAGAAUGCGUGGAGAAAUUGGACAUUCUGCAGUCAUUUGAAGAACGCAAGCGUAGGUUGCUUGAGGUUCCUAUUGUGCAUUCAGAUCCAAAUAUAGGUCCCCGCAAGUCUGUCAAAGAGUCGAGUAAUUAUACCACUACAGCAAACCAGAUGCUUUCCGUAUCAUCUAGCCAUGAACAAAAUAGUCGACCAGUGGCCGCUCCUUGUCAACCAACAUCUGCAGUUUUCCCGCCAGGGAUACCACUCUCUCCUCUAAUUAAUGAGGAUGAGCUAGAGAGACUUUGGCAUUAUCGUGAUCCUUUUGGAACAGUUCAAGGACCUUUCCCUAUGAUGCAACUUCAGAAAUGGAGCACAAGUGGGCUUUUCCCCCAGGAUCUAAGAGUGUGGAGAGUGCACGAGAAUGAGCAAGACUCUGUUCUUUUGACUGAUGCUUUGCUUAGGCUGGUGCUCCAGAAAGAGCCACCAAAACCUGCAAAUAAUAACUGUAUUAUGUUGCCUCAGGAAGUAGCAACAGCUGCAUGUGAUAGUACAGAUAAGAAGUGGAGCAGUGGAUCAAGUCAGGAUACUGGUACAACUCAGAUGGAGGAGGAUAAGAAUGAUGAAGUUGAUAAAAGUGGCAAGGCUGAGAAAAAUGAUUCAAGUGCCCGAAGUAGUGAUGAUGGUAAUGAUGAAAUUACAAGGAGUACCGAGGAGUUGGCUUCUCAUCCAUCCAGGUUGACCAUGUUAGUGGAUCUUGUUAUUGGCAAUAAUGAAUUAAGUCAAAGGGUUGAGCAGCAGUCCGAUGUAUGUGGGUCGGUUUCUUUACCUUCUUCCUCUGCUAAAAAUCAUAAUGAUGCCACGGCCCCCGUGAGACAAGUUGAGUUGACCAAGAAUAACCCGAAGUCUUGGGUUGAUCAGCAGUCCGAGAUAUGUGGUUCAGUUACUUUACCUUCUUCUGAUGAAGUUUAUAAUGAUGCUCCGACCCCCCAUGUGGGACAAGUUGAGGAAGAGGAAAACAGGAGUUCCAGUGUGAAUGAUUUGAAAGAAAGUAGCCCAGAUCAUAAGACUCCUCCCAAGGAAGAACAACAAACCAUUGUCGAAAGUGAUAAAGUGAAUGGCACCAGCAACAGUGAAGGUGGUUGUUCUAGCCAAUCUUCUCGUCAGAGUUGGCAGCAGUCUCGGCACAUGAACAUCACGAUUGGAUGGGAUCUCAACUCUACUUUCCCUUCUAUCUCUAAUUCGACAGAAACAGUAAAGCUUGAACACGAAAUCAUUUUUGCCGAUCUACAAAGUCCAUUGCCGAAGCAGCAACAAGGCGAUAAUGGGGACUUGAAAGGUGGGCAGAGUGGUCGCGAAGAAAGCAAACACUCUACCACUGUCUCUUGUAAUGUGCCCAUCAUUGAUGCAGGGCCCUGCUGGAGCACUACUUCGAGUUUAGUUGGUGGGACACGGCUUCCUGGCGCCGCUACUGAAUGGACGAUGGGCUAUUCUUCCCCUGCUAUAGCCAAAUCUUCUGUCGAGGACUGGGGCUCCAAUCUUGUGCCAGAACCCAAUGAAUUCUCCUUGGUCGAUGAAUCUGUUUCAGACCUUUUAGCCGAGGUAGAGGCCAUGGAAUCUCUCGGUGGAUUGCCAUCCCCUACUUCAAAAUUAAGCUGUGGUGUGGAUUUGAUGCAAGUCUCCGAUAAUGAUUGCUUUAGUCCUGUGGAGGAUUUUAGCCCGGCUGCAGUGCCGGAUCACGGAAGAAGCGAUGCAUUAAGCUCCACAGGUGGGGGAGAUAUAAUGCAAAUGCCAUCCCGUUUAUCCUCAUUAGCAGGGGAACAACAGCUUGGUUUAUCGAUUAUGUCUUCUCCUCAGCCUAUAGCACAUCAUGAUGAUGAGAAGGAACCGUAUAGUAGGACGACAACUCAUCACAAGCCUCCUCCCCAGUUGAUAACUGUAACUGAUCACAAACCACCACCAGUUCACAACAUAUCUCUCAUGCUCUCGCUUCCCCCAGUAACAAGUGACUCACUCCCACUUGGUUUGCCCACUACUCCCCUGAUACAACCCCACCAUUCACCAGUAGUGGGCCGAACAAUUGGCUUGUCACAGACAGAUGCUCGGAAGAGGUCACCCAGUGGGCAUUCGAGCAGCAGAAGCAAAUUGGAGAGACGGUGGGAAGGAAGUUCAGAAACCAAGCAGGUUCAGCAGUCAAGUUUCAAACAGACAAAGCCAAUCUUAGACAUCAAGCUGCCGCCUGCCUCAACCGCGAGUUGUCAAGUUGAAGUCGGGUCAGACACCAUUCAUUGUCCAGUACCUGCUGGAGUAGACUUGAGAUUGGGGAACUCCAGGGGGCGAUCGAUCCUGGGUCUGGUCCCAGGUGCUGCAAGCAGUCAUUCUAACGGCUCAGUUCAGAAACAUGGUGGGGCCCUGUCACCCACAUCCACAGGGCAUUCUACAACUUCCACAGGGAAUCCUCCUCCGAGUCCGUUGGGAAGCCAGACGAGGGACAGACAUUCUGGUGGGUCAAGAGAUCACCGAAGCAGCCAUCGUCACCACAGCGGUAGAGAUUCCGGUGGUCAUGUUGGUAGGGAUAGGUCAACGUCGGCUGGAGGCAACAACAGGCAGGGGUCCACCGGAGGAGGGUCUUUCAGAUCGCCACCCAAAGGGUCGCGAGUACUGUGUAGAUAUAUUGGAAGCGGGAAAUGCAAGAAGGGUGCGGCUUGUAGUUUUUGGCACCCUUGAGUUCGAUAUUCAAGGUUUUCUAACUAGGGUCAAGAGGGAAGAGAAGAAGGAAAGUUGUGUGCAUUAUUUUUCCUUGUAGACGUCGUGAUUUUGUAUUAGGAAGUCUCCAUGCCACGCCAUUGUACUAAUGUGUAACUUUGUACAAGUAUUAAAUCUGGAAAAUAGUUGCCUAUCUAUGUUAUCCAUGCAAUUCAACUCCUACCUGUUAAGUGUUAAGUAGUUCUGCAUAGUCUAAUCCAUGCACCAAACAAGCAGAUGGGGUAGCUUGAUGGUCGCUCGGAUGAGGAUGCUAGAUUUGAUUUUGUAUUAGGAAGUCUCCAUGCCACGCCAUUGUACUAAUGUGUAACUUUGUACAAGUGUUAAAUCUGGAAAAUAGUUGCCUAUCUAUGUUAUCCAUGCAAUUCAACUCCUACCUGUUAAGUAGUUCUGCGUAGUCUAAUACAUGCACCAAACAACCAGAUGGGGUAGCUUGAUGGUCGCUCGGAUGAGGAUGCUAGAU